CUAUUUUUGGUUCAAGGUGGACGCCUGGGUCAUGGCGCCAGGAGAAGGCCUCUCUUUGGCAGCACCUCAGAAGCCGGAAGAGGUGCAGGUGGAGGAUCCAUGUGUAGUGGAUGAAGAUCCCCUUCCUGAGACACCCAGAAGCUCCUUUUACACCUUGAUCCACUUCGACUUGCCGAAGGGAGUGCCAGGUCCACCGUGCUUCAGGACACAUGCUCGACAUGUGGUGAACUUCGACCGGUUCCGAGAGGCUGUGGAGGGUUCUCCCAAGAAGUUGGUGGCGUUGGUGAGGCAAAGUCGCCAAAAGAGGCUGAAGGACUUGGGAUGGACACGAUGAGGACACACCAGUGGACACACCAUCAUCCGCCUUGCUAAUUUUCGAGCCGCUUGAGCUGGCAAGAUCAUGCGUGCAUGAAUAAUGCAGAGGCAGAGGCCCCUUUGGGCCGCGGUCUUGUAACAGUUUAAGAAACUCUCAUGUUUUAGACACUAUAGUUGUCUUCAAGUCUAGUGAUCCAGAGAUGGCUAUUCAGCGCAAUUAUGUGCAGUCAGGCAGGACUAGGACCCAAAAGUUCAGCUCUUCUCGAGUGUUCGUUGCGCAGUACGUUCUUCGGAUCACAUGUCAAACUUGCUGUGCCCGUGCAACCCAAAGAGCGGCGCGGUGCAGACGCAAUCGCAGCACCUUUGGCGUGUGAAA